AUGGGCCUAAAAAUAGAUAUGUCCAAGGCCUUUGAUAGGGUGGAAUGGACCUUCUUGGAAUCUGUUCUAAAAAAACUGGGAUUUUGUGAUGAAUGGACAAGAUUAAUAAUGCAAUGCAUUAAUACUACUUCCAGUGCGAUUUUAAUCAGUGGAUUUUCGACUAGUUUUUUCAAGCCUAGCAGAGGAAUUCGUCAAGGUGACCCUUUAUUCCCUUAUCUCUCCAUUAUCUGUAUGGAAAGCCUCUCAAGAGUGCUUAACGAAGCUAAGAAAAAGAAAUGGAUUCAUGGGGUAAAUUUAUCUAAGAACUCCUUUACUAUAUCCCAACUCUUAUUCGUGGACGACUGUAUUAUUUUCACUAGAGCCACCAAAAAAGAUAGUAGGAGGCUUUUAAAGAUCCUUGAAGCUUUUAGUGCUGGCUCUGGCCAACUAAUAAACUAUGAAAAGUCGGGAAUCUUUUUUAGCAAAUCGGUCCCCAACAACAAGGCUAGAGAUAUCAUAGGAAUUCUCAAGGUUGGAAGAAUCAAACUAGAUGAUAAGUAUCUGGGAGUCCCUCUGUUUACCCAUAGAUCAAAAAUCCAGUGUUUCGAACUACUAGCUGAAAAACAUAGAAACAGACUAGCAGGAUGGUCUGGCAAGCUCCUUUCGGGAGCAGGAAAAGGUGUAAUGCUAAAACAUGUGGCUGACUCUCUCGCCACUUACCAUAUGACAUGUUUUAUUAUACCAAAAUCGAUUACCAAAAGAAUGGAUAGAAGAAAUAGAGCGUACUGGUGGGACCACUCGAGAGAGGAUGGAAGAGGGCUAUGUCUUAAAAAAUGGGUAGCUUUCUGUUUCUCGAAAGAGAUGAGGGGGAUAGGUUUCAAAAAUUUUGAGUGCUUUAAUAGAGCACUAAUUGCAAAAACGGUUUGGAGAAUGAUACACAACCGAGAUCAAUUAUGGGAGAAAGUUAUGGAGGAAAAAUACUUCAAAGGUAUUUCCCCUAUUUGCAUUAGUAAAGUAAAGGCAAAUAGCUCCUGGCUAUGGAAAGGAUUCUACAUUGGUUUAGAGAUUGUUAAGAAAUGGGGUAUCUGGAAUAUAAGUACAAGUGAGUAUACAAAUUUGGAAACACCACUGGUUCCCAACAGAAAAACCAAAUCAACUAACAAAGGAACAAACAACAUCCAUUAUUGGAAUUGCGCUGCAACUGGUGAGCGAAAUCUUCAAUAG